AUCAGCCAAUCAGCGAGGGAUCCAGUGACGUAUGCGGAAACAGGAGCUACGUGAUCAGUCAGAUCAGCUCUCUGCAGUGAUGGUCGGAGUGGAGCUGUCGUCUGAUGUGGAUACAGUGGUUGAGAACAUUGGAAAACUGCCAUCAGAAGUAUUUGCAGAAACAUGUCAUGAGAUUCUGCUUCAUCUUCAAGGAAAGAGUAGUGCAGUAGAUUUGGUAGAAAACUGCCAGAGAUUUCAGAGAGCUGGAAUAAACCUUGAUUGGAAGUCAGUUCAGGAUAUUAUAAGGCUGUUAUCCUUUAAUUUUAGAUCAGCUGCGAAGAGCAAGCUCACUGCUGAUCUCCUGAUCAGUAAAUUAGGUGAGGCAAGCUGUAAAUGGUCCAAACCAGCACUACAAGUGGUGCAUCAGCUGUGGACUGAAAAUGGCUCUCUUGUACAAACACACCAAGAGGCCCAAGCCAUGGCCACCAUCGGACAGCUGGUGGAUAUACAGUGGAAGCUGGGCAUGGCUGUGAGCUCUGACACAUGUCGCUCCCUCAACUCCCCAUACAUCUCCAUCUUGAUGAAAAUUGCAAACACAUCCGGAGAAAUUUCUUAUAAGUCCUUUGAGAUGACGGUUCUUCAGUUCCAGAACUUCUUCAGACAAUUCAAGGAAAUGGCGUCUGUUUUGGAGACUGUGCCUUUCAACGUGAUCGCAAGCAUCAGAUUCAUCUGCUUGGGGAAAUGGGCUGAAGCACAACUGACGUUACAAAAUAUUCAUCUGCACAUUGUGUGAAAUCACCACCAGAGAGGUCUCCAAAUCCCUGAAUCUUACAUAUUGUAGCUUUAAACAGUAUAACCAAAUUAAAGUGUAAAUUCUGCUUUCCCAAGGGAAUCUGUAGGGGUACGGCUCACUUAUUAAUGACUUCAUAAAGUCAUGUGACAAACAAUUAAAAAAAUUUGGACAGAAGUAGUUAAAGACUUUUUGGGGGGUCUUCAUCUUGACUCAGUCUCGCUCUCAUCUGGACUUGGUCUCGGCCCCCUUUAGACUCAACAAUCUCGACUGGUCAUGGUCUUAGACUUGACUUGGACUCAAAAUGUGGCUUAAAAAAAGUAAGCUGGGUAAUGCACUGUUACAAUUUUAUAAGGACUGUGACUAAAAAACUGUAUAGAAUGUAGAUUGUUCACGUCUGAGCAAUAUCCAAUCCAAUUAAUAAGGUCAGUAUAGGUGCUGUUACUUAUCCAGUAUACUGGAUUGGUGCAUUCCCAGCAACCAUGUUGAUGAUUGGACAUC